CAAAAAUGAUCGGAGUUGCCUCAUCUAAAAAUUCGAUCCUCACAUCACAGAAAGCAAUUUACAACAAGGAAACUGUCGAUUAAUAUAUUAUUAGACGUGUGUUCAUUUCAAUAACUUAAAAAAUGGAAAGAAACUCUACUGAACAAAUUGCAAUGAAUAAUGCACGGUGUGUGAUGAGUGCUAUCGCGCAAAAUGGAUCAAUUACACACAACGAUUUGCUCGCAAGUUUUGCGCAGUGUACUGAAGAGCCAAUUGAUCAGAUCAAACAUGAAUUGAAGCAUGUCCUAAGCAACGGCGUAGCCGGUGGAUUCAUAGUCAAAAAGGGCAAUAAGUAUGAGAUACCGGGAUAUGAUUCGCUAUAUGAAACUGAUGCAGACAAAGGAUGUGAAUCGGCUGCACCGAAAACCGUAGCGUUCAGUGUGGAAGCAGGAAGUGGCGUCGAGAUAAAGAUUUCGAUCGGCACUACCAAGGGUAAAAGAAAGGCUGAUGAUGAGGCUGAGACGUGUUCAUCUACAUGCUCAGUACGUUCCACCAAAAAGAAAAGAAUGUAUGAAGAUGAUGAUGACGGUGAGGAUUUUCGUGGUUUUGAAAGUUGAAAGAAAUUAGAGAGGUCGAAACGUUUGUGUCAAAUUUUAACGUUUAAAAUAAUAAAAAUUCUGCGUUAGCAAACCUCAAACGACAUUGUGAAAGA